CAUCAUCAGCAGGCUGGCAACAAAGACCCUGCUGAAAUUAGGGUUUUUCGGAUUUCUUCAAUAUUCAAUAUCCAAUAUCACAGAAGGCGACGAGAGAGAAGAUGUGGAGAUCAAUAGCGGCGAGGUCAAGGCAAGUGGUUGCACGGAGUUUCUGUGCAAUCCGAAACUCGAGGGUAUUAACUCCAUCUCAAACGUCUUCUGAUUUCUUCACUGCAACUGCAACCUCAUUUUAUCGAAGUCCUAGAUUUCUCUCAAACUUCUCCGCCAACCCAAGUGAUGAGAGCCACAUUCCACCUCUAUGUUCGGGAGAAAAUGCUGAUGAAAGUGAGAGUUGGGAAAAGGGGUUUUCAGUGGGUACCGGUGAAAAUGGGGAUACCAAUUUUGAAAAUAUUUUUGGGAUUGAGGAUAGUCAACGGGUAGAGGAUUCUUUAGGAGUUUUUUCUGUAGAUGGUGAGUCCCAAAUGAAUGGUACUAUCGGUGAGGAUGGGAAAGUUGACACUGAAGAACAAUCUUUUGUGUGUCUUGGUCAAGAUGGGAGCUUUGGUGAAGGUGAUGAGAAACAAGAGAUUUAUGAGAAUAAUGAGGAGAAGUUGGAAAAUGUGUUGUCCUUGUUGCAAAGUAGGGUUGAUGGUUCUUUGGAGUCCAGUCUUAAUAACAUGAAUUUGAAUUUACAAGAAGAGUUUGUUUUGAAAGUUUUUGAGACACCACUUGUUGCGGGUGAGAAUUUGAUUCAGUUUUUCAAGUGGGUGAUGAAGAAGCCAGAGUAUAGAAUUUCCAAUCGGGUUCUUGAUGCACUUGUUCUGGCUAUUUGUAGUGAUCUCAGGAAGAGGGAUGCUUAUGCUUUGUGGGAUUUGGUUAGAGAGAUAGGCGAGAAGGAGAGUGGAAUACUGAGUGUGGAGUCUCUUAACGAGUUGAUAUGCUUGUUCUCAAAGUUGGGCAAAGGUAAGGCAGCUUUGGAGGUGUUUGAGAAAUUUGGGGAUUUUGGGUGUACCCCAAAUGCAGAAACAUAUUAUUUCACAAUUGAAGCGCUUUCUAAGCGCUCGUUUUUUGAUUGGGCUAAAUCUGUCUGUGAGAAGAUGCUUCAUGCAGAGAUCUUGCCUGCUGAUAAGCAAACAGGUCAGAUCAUAGCUUGGUUAUGUAAAGGGGAUAAGGCUAAAGAUGCACACGAUGUUUAUAUAAUGGCAAAGGACAAAAACAUCUGUCUUCCACAGUCUCCUUUAAAAUUCUUGAUCAGUUCACUCUGUCGGAAGGAUGAAACUGUAAAAUUGGCGUUGAAUAUGUUGGAUGAUUUCUCAGAAGAGGAAGAAAGAAAAUAUGCAAUCAAGCCAUUUUCAUCUGUCAUUGGUGGUCUGUGUAGGAUGAAAGAUGUUGAUGAGGCAAAAACAUUGCUUCUGAAGAUGAUUGAUGAGGGUCCACCUCCUGGAAAUGCAGUUUUCAAUUCAAUUGUACAAGGCUAUUCCAAAGCAGGGGAUAUGGAGAAGGCAAUGGAGAUUUUAAAAUUGAUGGAGAGUAGGGGACUGAAACCAGAUGUUUACACCUACACAGUUGUCAUAAGUGGUUAUGCAAAUGGUGGUCAAAUGGACGAGGCUUGCAAAGUGUUAUCUGAAGCCAAGAAGAAGCACAAUAAGCUGAGCCCUGUAACUUAUCAUACACUAAUCCGUGGGUAUUGUAAACUUGAACAGUUUGAUGAGGCUUUGAAUUUGUUCCAUGAGAUGAAAGAUUUUGGGGUCCAACCUAAUGUUGACGAGUUCAAUAAGUUGAUUCAGUCUCUUUGCUUGAAGGCUUUGGAUUGGGAAAGAGCUGAGAAACUUUUUGAUGAAAUGAAAGAGAAUCGUUUGCAUCUCAAUGGGAUCACCCGAGCUCUUAUAAACGCAGUUAAGGAGCUGAAGACAGAGGCAGCAGAGAAGGAAGAAGAAAGAAUUGCAGCCUGAAUUCUCGCUGAUAAGGAAAUGAAUGCAACAUCAAGAAUUUCAAAUGCAAUUUUUGUAGCCUUUUCCCCUAUUUUGCAUAAGAUAAUUGAUGAAGCCAUGUUAAUUUUUUUGUGUGUUGCAUCUUUACACACUAAUCAGGCUAAGAAAGAAAGCUUCCUUUUUGUUCUGUAGGCUGCGAUCCUAGUAGACCUACUAGACAUGAUAACUUGGUUCUACGAGUCACAACAGGGAGAUGGUGUCUCUGCAUGUACCAACUACCAAUCUGAAUUUGAUUCAUUUUCUGCAUUUCAUUGUACCCUAUGUCUAUUUAGAAUUAAUUUUACAAGUCCAU